UUGGAAGACAUAAUUUUCAAGGAUUCACAAAAAUUGAUUAAAAUCGAUUAAGAAACUCAAAAUAUUCCAACAAAAUCCGAUUAAUUAAACCAAGAAAAAUCAAUUAAUUAAACCCAGAAAAAUCAAUCAAUUAAACCCAACAAAAUCCGAUUAAUUAACCAAGAAAAAUCGAUUAAUUAAACACAAACCUCGUGCAUGUCUUAGCGGUGCAUGUCUUCGUGGUGUUAUUAUUGCGGUGGUGGUCUUGGUGAUGGUGGAAAUGAAAGAGAAGGAGACUAGGAGAUUGAAGGAGAAGAGGGAGAAGGAGACGAAGGAGAAGAGGGAGAAGGAGACAAAGGAGAAGAGCAAGAGAAGGAGGAGAUCUAGGGGAGAACUGUUCAUGGAGAACAGAGACUACGAAAGAGAAAGAGGUAAGGGGAGAGCAGGAGAGAGAAAGAGGAGAGGGGAUAGCAUAAGAGAGAAUGAAAGAGCGGCUGAUGAGAGAAAUAAGGUAGGGUUUGGGGUUUAUAAGGGGGGCGUUUUUUUUUUUAAAUUGAUUAUUGCCACGGGUUCAAAAUCGAUGGCCUUUACCAUUUAUGCCAGCGGUUGGUUUGAACCGGUGGCAAUGUGAAUUAGCCUAUCCCGCCCAUUUUUUAAGCCACCGGUUUUCGAAAACCGGUGGCCAUAGAGCGGUGCCUUUUUGUAUUUUUCUACUAGCGAAGGUUGCAUAUUGUUUGCGUUGGUAAGCAAUGUAGUACUGUAUCUUAUAAAUUGUUUUUGAAUAAUGUUUUAGAUUGUUACACGUGAAGGGAUUUCUCUUGUUUAUGAUUAGUUGUUGACAUAAUCUUUAAUGCACAUAUGUUGUAGAUCUUUUAUAUUGACCAUUUGGAUCGGGUACCUAAGUCUUGGGGAAUGACUCCGAGAUUGGUGGCCUGGUCACAGGAAGAAAUCAGCGUAGUUGUGAAAGAGGACCAAAAGAAGACGGGGGACUAUGGUCUGUCGCUGUGCUUGAAUAUUGCAUACGGUGAGGACCAUCCGCUGGCACCCCGUGAAGGUCCAGUCCCACGGAAAGUAGCUGCAGCUGCACCUGCAAGUGCUGUUGAUGUGGAUGGGAUCACUGAGCAGGUGGUUUCUAGAGUGGUGGCUGAUUUGACUCCAAAGUUCAUGGAUGCAAUUGAUGCGAAAAUGGGUACGAUGCUAUAUGAUAUGAAUGAAAUGUUGAAAUAGAGUCUGGCCGCGUCGGCCGCGACUAAGCAACCAGUGAAAGGAGCUGUUAAGAAAACUUUACCGAUGAAAAACAACCUGUGGUUGAUAAAACAGAUGGGAAUAAGAAUGGGAAUAAAAAAACUUAAUUUGUGGUUGAUUCCGGUGUGGUGGAGGUGGAUAAAACAUAUGGGAAGGAGAAUGAUUUGUUUGAAAGCAGUGGCGACGGUGCAGCUGGUAAUGGUGGGAAAACCACUGAGGUUGAUGUUCAGAAGGUUGCAGCUGAGUGUCUGAAGGAUGCCUUGGUGGGGGGUGUUGACGAUGAGGAUGCAGAGCAGGGUGGUGAAGGGGGUAAAAAUUCUGAAGCUGAUGAAGGGGAUGAUGUCAAUGACAAUGAGGGAGACACUCCUCGUUCUGAAGAUGAUGUAGAAUAGGAGGAUGUAGAGUCUCCCCAAGCAGAAGGAGAGUUUGUUCUGAAAACGGUCGGGUCAAGGGGGACGACUGUGUUGGUGGCUGCCGGUUAUAGUGAGACAGAUUCUGAAGGUGAAGAGAUGUCUCCGUCCAAUGGCAAUGAACAUUCAGGAACUGUAGACAAGAGGGUUAUAAAACCUACUGCUAUAGCAGGAACUGCAGACACCCGUAGGCAUACGACGCUGGAGGCAAGGAUGCUGCUGUACGUGCGGCAAUGGAAGGAGUUGAAAGACCCUACUUGCACUAGUGUCGUCCUCAUAUCCUGUGAUGAGAUGACUGUUGACCAGAGGGACUACUAUGGUGUUGUGCAUCCCAAAGCGAGGGUCGGGUCAGACUACGUCCGGAUGGCUAGUGUGUUGUACACAAAGCAUUGGGCUACCAGAGAGUUUGUCAACCGAAGCAAGCGUAUCAUGCUUGAUCCGACC